UUGAAAAUUCGUACAUGUGAGUAUAACGACGUUCAUAGCAGUUCAUAACGAAGUAAUCUCACUGUAGAUUUAAAUCUCACUGUAGGUUUAAAAUCGUGAACAAGCGGACAAAUUAACAUUACAAAAAUUACUACGAUCAUCGAAUGGGAUAAGCGUAAACGAUCGCGUUGUUUUACCUCCGCUCGGGUUAAAAAAAAGUCGUGUAACGUUCGAUUUGCACCACCGAUGGCAGAUCACGACAAUAUUUACGACGACGAGCUAGUUUCAACUAAUCCAAAUCAAAGGAAUUGGCGUGGAAUUUUAAUAGCGUUGCUCGUAAUCGUUGCGGUCCUAGCCCUUAUUGUCACAUCCGUUGCUUUGCUCACGCCUCCUGAUGAUGGCCCCAGAGUACGAGGAACACGAUUGCGUCUCUCUGAAGUGCUGUCUGGGGAAUUAUCUCCUUUAUUAUUCAAUGGAUCCUGGGCGAGUAAUCACCAUAUAUGUUAUCGAGAUCUGUGGGGUGGAAUCUCCUUAUUAGACGUUUCUAAGAUUGAGUCACGUAGUUUAAUGCCAAAUGAAACAUUUAGACGAUUAAAUCCAGCAAAAUUCUCGUUAUCGCCAGAUCAUAAAUUUCUGCUCCUUGCUCAAAAUGUGAAAAAAUUGUUUCGUUACUCGUACUUAGCGCAAUAUGUCAUUUAUGAUCUCACUACACGAGAAUGUAUAGUGUUGACGCCUUAUCCUGAGAAAGAUGUUCAUCCCUAUCUUUUAUUAGCGCAAUGGACUCCACGUGGACACGGACUUGUCAUGGUACAGGAUUAUGACAUCUAUUACAGGACAAGUCCUAUGAGCAAUACUGGAUACCGUGUAACAAACACUGCGGUACCUGGUAUAUUAUCCAAUGGUGUUCCAGAUUGGCUGUAUGAAGAGGAAAUAUUGCAUAGUGGAGAAGCAAUCUGGAUGUCGCCAGAUGGUCAUAUGAUACUUUAUGCCUCGUUCAAUGAUUCUCUCGUAGAAGAAAUGCACAUUUCAUGGUUUGGAGAGGGGAACAAAGCUUUGUAUCCUGAUAUACGAUCUCUACGAUACCCUAAGCCAGGAACACCAAAUCCUUCUGUACGGUUGUAUGUUGCUGAUUUAGUUGAGCCAAAAAGUAUUCGUACGAAAAUAGUGAAACCACCUCCAAUCAUCGAAAAUGUGGAUCAUUACUUCUCGACCGUUUCCUGGGUAUCUCUAACAGAAGUCUGUAUAACAUGGUUAACGCGCGCUCAAAAUUUCUCAAUAAUUACCAUCUGUAAAAGCCCAAUGUGGCAUUGUCAGGAAAUACAAAGAAUAUUGGGUGAUGGUCAUGGAUGGGUAGAUACUCCCCCGGAAGCUCCUAUUUUCUCAGCCAAUGGUAGUACUUACAUCGCAAUAAGUCCCGUAAAAGACGGACCGGCAGGAUAUUACAAGCACAUAAUCUGGGCUAACGUGCUUCGGAAACAAAUAGUGCCUUUGACACAUGGGAAAUUUGAAGUCGUUAGGAUUUUAGUAUGGGACCAAGUGAAUAAUACUAUAUAUUUCAUCGGCAUUCCAUUUAUGAGACCGGGUCAGAGACAUCUUUAUCGUGUAAGCUCUACUCUUCCUCGUAUGGGAUCGCCUUUACGCCCUGCUAUAUGUCUCACAUGCACCACUUCAUCUGAUAUAAUAAAUAAUGGUGAAAGUGAACAUAGAACUAGUUCUUCAAAUUGGGAGAAUGGUCUUACCAAUCGAAAUGAAUGGCAUGAACACUAUGAAAUUCAAAUUGAUAAUAUCAACAAUAAGGAACAUCGCCAAGCGAAGGACAUUUCCAAAAAGGACAAAUUAAGAAAUAGGAAUGUAUUAAAAAGCGGUGACCCUCCUUGUCAGUAUCACAAUGUUAUCUUCCCAUCCGACGGCUUUGAGUAUUUCGUUCUUGAGUGCCUUGGACCUGGUAUACCUACCGUGUCUCUUUAUAAGAUGGAAAUGUCUAUGCCGCGACUCAUCGCAACAUUGCAGAACAACACAUUGUUGCGUGAAAAAAUAACAAGCAUCGCUCUUCCGCAAAUAAAAACAUUUCCUGUGCAAAUAAGUGGCGGCUACAACGCUCAAGUGAGAUUGCAUCUACCACCCGGAUUGAGAGAAGAUGAGAUUACCCGUUAUCCGUUGGUCGUCCAGGUAUAUGGUGCUCCUGGAUCACAACUAGUCACUGAGAUGUUUAAAAUAGAUUGGAAUACAUAUUUAGCUAGUCAGAAAAAUAUUAUUGUUGCACAAAUAGAUGGCAGAGGAAGUGGAGGACAAGGUUACAAGUUGCUUCAUGAAGUUUAUUAUAGGCUAGGUUCUGUUGAAGUGGCCGAUCAACUCGAAGUUACAGAAUACUUAAGAGACUCAUUGCAUUUUGUGGAUAAACGAAGAGUCGCCGUAUGGGGAUGGAGUUAUGGUGGUUUCGUUGCUGCUCUCGUUUUGGCUCAUCCGGAGCAAAAGGUAUUCCAGUGCGGAAUAAGCGUCGCACCUAUCGUCUCCUGGGAGCUUUACGAUUCUGCAUAUGCCGAGAGAUAUAUGGGAUUACCGAACGUGACAUCCAAUUACAAAGGUUAUGCCGAAUCCAACGUUUACAACAAAGUUAGAUAUCUGCGUGAUAAAAUGUUUUACUUGGUACACGGGACUGCAGAUGAUAAUGUCCAAUUCCAACAAUCCAUGGCACUUGCCCGGCAUCUCGCUAAAGAAGGCAUACUAUUUCGACAACAGGUCUAUCCAGAUGUAAGCCAUACUUUAGCUGGCGUUAAGGGACAUUUGUACCACUCCAUGGAACAGUUCUUAGAAGAUUGCUUUCAAAAGCAAGUACCUGUCGACACGAAGGCCGGACUUGGUAGCGGUGGCUCUGGUGGCAUGUAUUAAUAUUAAGAGAUAGCAAUUAUGUAAAAUAUUGCAUAAAGAUAUCUACGAGUUGUUCAAAAUUGCAUGAAAAUGGAAAGAAAAAAAAACAAAGAAAAUUGUGAAUAUCUAAACAUCUCCAAAUUGUGUUCUGUUUAAUAGAAUGUUUACAAAGACUACGUGCAUGACCCAACAUUUUGUACUCCAAUACUCGAAAUUAUAAAAUACAAUGAAGAAUAUGUAUAAUUUUCUCUAUACGGUUUACAAUGCGUUUGACCCAUUAAAAAAGGACGUAUCGAUCAUUUAAUCAAAUAAAUUAUUUAUGAAAUA